AUGGGAUAUAAGAUAUAUUCUAACUCUGACUUAGUUCAAACAGUAACAUGGGCAAACUAUGAAUGGUUCGCUUUGAGAAACUCAGUACAACCACAAGCUAGAGAACAAACAGACCAGUAUGCAACUAUUGAGAAAAUAAGAAGACUUGACCCUAACGUUCCAGGAGUUUAUGUUGACCUUUCUGGACAAACUGCAGCAGCAGUAACCAAAGUAAAACUGAAACUUAGAGUUCCUUUGUCAUCUUUCCUCAUCUUCAGGUUUUUAAGAUACUUGCCAAACUGGGCAGGAAAAAUUUCUAUCGAACUUACUCCAAGCAAAAAUAACUUAGUCAUUGCACCAACACAAGACCCAUUCACUCUUACAGACGUAAAGGGAACAAAUCAAACGUCAUUCGCCGAAUUUUGCAAAGACAAAGUUGACUUAGACUUUGGUUUCUCAAACUUCAACACUGAAGUAAACUACUAUUUCAAUGCUGCUGGAACUGCUUGGGACCCAGUUAAGUUCACAUGCGAAAAAUUUGAAUGCAAGAGAAUAGAAAGCAGACUUGCAGUCUAUAUGUUGGACCCAGAUAUUUCAAAUGCUUUAGCUGCCAAAUAUAUUGCAGUUCCACUUAUGUUCCCUAUACACCAAAUAUCUGUCAAAGACUUUGCAGGUGAAGUUGGAAACCAAAGUGCUGACCCAGGUGCAAGAACAGAUAUUGCUUUAACAACUGCAAUGAAACAUGCAGAUACUAUGUUUGUACUGUUCAGACGAACUAUAAAUGACUAUUCUUGCUUCUACAACCCUGGUAUUAAAUACCAUAUAAACAUAGAUGGCAAAUACUAUCCAAGAGAAGA